CAGGCCACUCCUUAAAACACCUUUGGUUUCAACAUCUAUACUACAAAUAUGAGGAAGUACAUUUAAAUGUAGCUUUACUCGUGACAGCAACGUGAGUAGUUUUUUUAUUAAGAUUACCACUUAUAUUAUGGAACAACUAAAUAUGCAUUUGGAUGGGAAACAUAAGCCAGAAGUUUUAAAUACUUUACUCGGAGCUAAGAGUCAGCAACAAAACAGUUUUAAAAGGUUUUGCAAAUACAGCAUGCGGAUUUUGGUUACCUCGGUUGUUACAGCAACCAUAAUAUUAAUAACUAUAAGUCUUACCCUUUAUUCAUGUGUUUACAUUGAUGAAGAUGAAAUUAUGCAUGUUGACUCAAUUGCAAAAAAAAGCAUAUUUACUUUUAUGGGACAUUUGAAGCUAACAGACAGUUCUAUAUGUGACCACAUCCCAAGAAAUCAAACAGGAAUAAAAACAAUGGUUGCCAGUGUAUAUCAGACAUCUCCAGCCUUACAACAUUAUUUCUUGACUGCUGAAGUAAAAUAUCUAACUAAUGCUGAAGAAAACAGAACAGCAGUGUUUAAACUGGACUUUAAAAGGCCUAUGAAAACCAGGAUUUUUCUGAAGCAUGCAAUAAAUGAAGAUUUUUUAACCAGUGUUUUAAGGCAACGUACUUACGACGACAGAAAUGUAUUGUGCAACGUUUCAACAUUUUUUGGAUCAUUCUUACAGGAAAUUAUCAUGUUUCCGCUCAGCAACUUUGAUGUUUCCAAGGAUGUUUCCAACUUCACCUGCAGAUAA